GCCACCCUUCUCUGAAUGAUCGGGGCAUAAGAGGGAGAGAGAAGAAGAGAGAAAGGUCGAAACUUUCUCUAAGCAUCGUAGACCAUCGAGAGAGAGAGAGAGAGAGAGAGAGAGAGAUGUCGUCAUCUUCUUCGUUGUGUUCUUCGACGACACUCCAGUCUCGGACCAGCGUAAACGGUGAGGGUCUUAAGCUUCAAAGUCCAACUCUUUAUCAACCCAGUUCGCUCACCUUCACAAGGAGAAGGGUCCAAACUGUCGUGAAGGCGACCGCACGAGUAGAUAAAUUCUCGAAAAGCGACAUCAUCGUCUCUCCAUCUAUCCUCUCAGCAAAUUUCGCUAAACUAGGAGAACAGGUAAAAGCAGUGGAUGUGGCGGGUUGCGACUGGAUCCAUGUCGAUGUCAUGGAUGGUCGUUUUGUUCCGAACAUUACCAUUGGGCCUCUUGUCGUAGAUGCCUUGCGCUCUGUGACAGAUCUUCCUCUAGAUGUGCAUUUGAUGAUCGUAGAACCUGAACGGCGGGUACCAGAUUUCAUCAAGGCUGGAGCGGACAUAGUUAGUGUCCAUUGUGAGCAAUCAGCCACCAUACACUUGCAUCGCACACUUGAUCAAAUCAAAAGUCUAGGUGCGAAAGCUGGAGUUGUUCUAAACCCUGCCACGCCACUAACCGCUGUAGACUCUGUCCUCGAUGUCGUUGACCUAGUCUUGAUCAUGUCGGUGAACCCUGGCUUUGGUGGGCAGAGUUUCAUUGAGAGCCAAGUAAAGAAAAUCUCCGACUUGAGGAGACUCUGCCUAGAGAAGGGCGUUAAUCCCUGGAUCGAAGUAGAUGGCGGAGUUGGCCCAUCAAAUGCAUAUAAGGUUAUUGAAGCAGGAGCUAAUGCCAUCGUUGCCGGUUCAGCUGUCUUUAAAGCUAAAGAUUAUGCUGAAGCUAUUAGAGGGAUCAAAACUAGCAAGAGACCUGCAGCUGUUGCCGUCUGAAGAGACAUUGAUGAGAUCUAAAGCAGAUUAUGGAACCGAAGCAUUUCAGCUAGUGUAUGCCACAUUCCAUCCCAUCUGUUUACCGACUCGAUCUCAUGAUGAUCUCUGAAACUGUUUAACGUUGGUAUCUUCUAAGAGAAAGUACUUAAUGUAUGAUCGCCUGGGAUUCGCUUUCUUUGAUUGAUAUAACUAAAUGGACGUUCUGAA